UUGUUGUUGCAACCUGCUAUCUAAUGCAUUCAAUUCAAUAAUGCAAGUGGAUGUUGAACGCCAAGGAAGACGCAAUUAAUUGGGAGUGUGAAUUUCAAAGCCGUGAAAUAAUAACUUCAGUCAGUGAUUAGACAUAUUCAAAAUAUUGAAAGAAGUGGGCAAUCUGUGAAGUGUUUGUCAAACAAAUCUAAAAGAUAAUUGCGCGAAUGAUGUUAAACUAUGACACUAUAAGUGACGAAACCCAAUCUUUGGUGGACAACCAACAACCGACCGCUGUGACAGACAACGAUGAGAUUUAUGCGGGCGGAUUCGUCGAUAAUGGAGGAGAAGUUGCAAUUGUUCCCGCCACAAGCACUUUUCAGCAACCGGAGAACGACUUUCACAAUGUAGAACUACAAAGUCAUGUACAAAUGUCCGAUGCCCCCAAUGACAAAUGGAACUUUACAUAUCUGGUUUUCUAUUUACUCGGUACAGCCACCAUGACUCCUUGGAAUUUUUUCAUAACCGCUGAAGAUUAUUGGAUGUACAAAUUUCGAAAUGCCACACUCAAUGACACAAAUCCCGUAAGUGAAGAACUGACGCCAAUGCAAAAGAGUUUUUCGUGUGAUCUAACUUUGACUGCAUCGAUAUCUGGUACCACAUUUUUAAUACUCAAUGCCAUCUACGGUCAAAAGGUUUCACUGCGUAUACGUAUGCUUGGCACGCUCUGUAUAAUAUUAGUUAUAUUUAUAAUAACUACAGCAUUUGUGGAAGUAAAUACGGACAAAUGGCAAGAACAAUUCUUCUUAAUAACACUACUAUGUGUUGUUAUUAUAAAUAUAUCUUCUGCUACCAUGAGUGGCGGUUUAUUUGGCAUUGCCGGGUUGUUCCCAUCGGAAUAUAUGACGGCUGUGGUGAGCGGGCAGGCUCUAGGCGGUAUUUUCACAGCUUUGACUUUUAUAAUGGUUUUGGCUUUUGGAGCUGCUCCUAAUGCAACGGCAUUUGUAUUCUUUUCCAUUGGCAUUGGCCUAAUAUUCAUUAACAUUGUCUGCUAUGCCAUUGUGGAAAGAAAAGCAUUUUUCAAAUACUAUGUCGAAGGUGGCGACAAAUUCAAAAUUGUAUACGAUGAUCCUACUCAAAGCCGUAUAGUCGAUCGCGGUGUAGCCCUUGAGCCAAAUGUACGAGAAGUAUUCAGUAAAAUAUACGUCCAUGCUGUAACGAUCCUCUUGCUCUAUGCCACCACACUAUCAGUGUAUCCAUCGGUAACAAUACUUAUGCAAUCGGAAAGCUAUGGACAAGGAAAAGCUUGGAAUGACAUUUACUAUAUGCCCGUUGUUAACUACUUGUUCUUCAAUUCGGGCGACUAUUUCGGUCGAAUUAUUUCUGGAAUAUGGGAAAAGCCCAGACAAAAUGUGCAUACCGUUUUAUUGAUGGUCGUCUUCAGAAUGAUAUAUGUGCCAUUGUUUUUAUGUUCAAAUUCGACCCAACACAUUUUUCUUCCAACCAUAAUUUCUUCGGACGUGGCUUUCAUUCUAAUGAUAAUAACAUUCGCGUUAUCCAAUGGUUAUAUUACCAAUAUUCUAUUGAAUAUGGUUCCAAGAUGUGUCAUGCAGCAUGAAAAGGAAAUGGCUUCAUCAAUAAUGGCUGCAUCAUUGAGUUGUGGAUUGGCUUUAGGGUCCAUGAUCACCAUGGUUUUCGUCCAAAUGUUAUAAAUAUUCGUUCAUGUUGCUUUUUUUAUUAAAAUCCAGAGUGCCUUUACUUUAAUGUGGAGACUUAUUGAAUUAAUUAGAAUGAAUAGUUUUCACAAAAUAGUCUUAAGUAUCAUAUAAUAGAACAUUUUAUAAUGCAUAUCUCGAACAACGAUUACCAUAAAAUAUUCGAAAGGCUUGAUAUUUGUUAUUCUAGACCUUUUAAUUUAAGUAUUGUACCAUAAUCUUACGCAACUAGUAGAGUUUUUAUCUUUAUUUGGUUAUUAAUAUUACAACUUUUUUAUGAUGUACCUUUUACUAAUAUAAUAGAUUAAAUAUUCUUUUUUAUGUUUGAAAUAAAAAAAUAUAAUACAAAAAAUUCGUUCUAAUCAGUUCCGAAAUUAGGAUUAGGAAAUUUUUAACCUGGCAAAUUGUGAGGAUCUUUCCAUUAAUUUUCAAUUCUCACAAACAGUUUUAUACAUGAAACUUGGUUAAACACUACAAUGAAUUAUAUUAAUUUGCAUUCAUUGGCAGCAUAAAUUUUCAUUUCUUCUUUUACGCCAAUAGCCAGAUGAUGAAUUUAUGUAUGAAAAAAUCUGCUUAUAUAUUUAUGCAUUAAGAUCCUGUGAUUCAACUUCGAAAUUAAAUUAAAUGAAACCAUAAAUUAUUCUGUCAAUAACUAUGUUAAGCGAUUGGAUUCACUUUUAAGAUUGAAUCUUAUGUAGCUAGAAUACAUGAUAUGUACAUAAACAAUAAAAGCAUCACCUAAAGUUCGGCGUUUCGAAAUAAAAUAUUUACUUCACCCAUAACGGUUAAAUGUUUUGUCCUAUCGUAUUACCCACUUACGCUAUGUCUCUUAA